AUGGAGAAAAACGAAGAACACCCUGAGCCUUUGAGGCCCAGUGAGCUGGGGACCAAGGAGUACUGGGAAACCUUCUACGCUCGCUCGCGCGAGCACCUCGACACGGCGGCGGACGACCCGGACUCCGACGGCGAGGAGCUCGGCACGACAUGGUUCACCGAGCACCGCGCGGCGCAGCGCAUCGUACGAUUCCUCACCGCACCCAGCUUCCCGCUGGCGCCGCACCACCACCACAACGCCGCGGCGCUGGAUCCAUCGGCGUCCCAGCAGCAGCAGCCGUGCGUGCUGGACCUGGGCACGGGCGACGGCGCGCUGCUGCGCGAUCUGCGCGCGCACGACUUCCGCGGUCCGCUCGUCGGCGUCGACUACUCGCGCGAGGCCGUGCAGCUGGCGCGUUCGCGGCACGACGAUAACGAGGAUGGGGCGGUGGGCGUGCGCUUCGAGGUGUGGGAUGUGUUCGACGACGCGUCGGCGGCGGACUGGUUCCCGCGCGAGCGCGGCGGGUUUGACAUCGUGCUGGACAAGGGCACGUUCGACGCGGUGUCGCUGUGCGGCGAGAGCGGGCGCGGCGGCGCGGAGUAUCCGGCGGCGGUGGCAAGGUUGGUGCGCGCCGGUGGGUUUUUGGUGGUGACGAGUUGUAACUGGACCGAGGCGGAGGUGGAGAGUUGGUUUGGCGCGAAGGAUACUGGGUUCGAGGUGUUUGCGCGCGUGGAGUAUCCGAAGUUCCGGUUUGGCGGCGCCGAGGGGCAGGGCGUGUGUACGGUGUGCUUUCGGAAGACCAUGAGGGAGUGA